CAACAUCCGACUCAGACACCGCCAUUAUCCCUGCAGCGGAAGAAGGAAGGAGAAAACGAUACGACCCAAAGUCCUGGAAAAGAACCACAUUUUUGGAUAAAGUGUGCCAUGGAGGUCUCUGGGGCCGACAGCGACUGGAGGAGCCCCCAGUUCCGACAGAAAGUCGUGGCUCAGAUUGAAGAUGCCAUGAGAAAGGCAGGAUCUGGGAACACCACCCACAAGUCUGGUACCGACAUGGAGAACCACGUCUUCAUCAAAGCCAAGACCAGAGAGGAGUAUCUGUCUCUGGUGGCGAGGCUCAUCAUCCACUUCAGAGACAUCCAUAAGAAGGCCAUGGGAGGUCCUGAUCCCAUGAAUCCCCUGACUAACCUGACAGGGGUUGGAGGGGGCCCAGGCACCAUUGGCAUGGGGCCUCGGCCCCCCGGCGCCACAGUGGGGGGCAUGGGGGCCAUGGGGCAGAUGCAGAUAGGCCAGCAUGCCAUGGCCGGCGUGUCUGGAAACCCACAAGCCAUGGGAGGUCCCGGCCAGAUGUCGGUGCAGCAGAUGGUGCAGCAGCACUCCAUGCAGUUCCAGCAGUUCCAGCAGCAGCAGCAGCAGCAGCAGCAGCAGCAGAACGCUGCCCUCCAGCAGCAGCAGUUCCAGCAGCAGCAGCAGCAGCAGGCCCAGAACCAGCAGCAGCAGCAGCAGAACCAGAUGCAUCAGACCAGGAUGCAGCUACUGCAGCUGCAGCAGCAGCAGCACCAGCAGCAGCAGCAGCAGGCCCAGGCUCAGGCCCAGGCCCAGGUACAAGCCCAGGUGCAGGCCCAGGUGCAGGCUCAGGCUCAGGCCCAGGCCCAGUCCAUCCAGCAGAUGGUGCAGCAGCAGCAGCAGCAGCAGGUUCAGGCGGGCCAGAUGCCUCCACACUCCCAGCAGCAGCCCGGGAUGGUGCCUCAGUCUCUGGCCGGACAGAUGACGGCUCAGUCGGUUCCCAUCAACUCUCUGAGCCAGCAGCAGCAGCAGCAGCUCAAGCUGCAGGCCUUCCAGGCCCGCGGGCUGCCGCUGCAGCAAGCCCAGCAGGCCGCGGCUCAGGCGCAGCUCAACGCAGCCGCUAACGCAGCCGGCGCCGUACCUGGCCAGAUGGUCCGUCCUCCCAUGCAGAAUCUGCCCCGAGGUCCUCGGCCUUCUCUGAACUCCUCCAUCCCUCCUCCAAAUAACGCAGCUGGAGGUCAGAUGAUGACCCAACAGGUGCAGCAGCAUCCCAUGAUGUCAUCACCCUCACCUGUCCAGGUACCCACUCCGCAGAUGCUGCCUCCCCCCCAGCCAUCCCCUCAGCCCCCCUCCUCCCAGCCCAACUCGGUCAGCUCCGGUCCCACGCCGUCUCCGGGGGGCUUCCAGCCCAGCCCGUCCCCUCAGCCCUCCCCGAGCCCGGUCACCUCCAGAACCCCCCAGCAGAACCACGGCGUGGCCUCACCUGGACCACUGAACACUCCAGGUAACCCCAACUCGGCCAUGAGUCCGGCUGGAGCUACAUCUCUGGAGGAGCAGCAGUACAUGGAGAAACUCAAGCAGCUGUCCAAAUACAUCGAGCCGCUUCGCCGGAUGAUCAACAAGAUCGACAAGAAUGAAGACAGGAAGAAGGAUCUGAGCAAGAUGAAGAGUCUGCUGAACAUCCUGACAGAUCCAAACAUCAGGUGUCCUCUGAAGACGCUGCAGAAAUGUGAGAUUGCUUUGGAGAAACUGAAGAACGACAUGGCCGUGCCGACCCCCCCUCCUCCUCCGGUGCCCACCAAGCAGCAGUACCUGUGCCAGCCGCUGCUGGACGCCGUCAUGGCCAACAUCCGCUCUCCGGUCUUCAACCACUCCCUGUACCGGACCUUCGCCCCCGCCAUGAGCGCCAUCCACGGGCCGCCCAUCACGGGACCGAACGUCUGCGGGAGGAAGAGGAAGCACGAGGAAGACGAGCGGCAGACCAUCCCCAACAUCCUGCAGGGGGAGGUGGCGCGCCUCGACGUCAAGUUCCUGGUCAAUCUGGACCCGUCGUUCUGCAGCAACAACGGAACCGUGCAUCUCAUCUGCAAGCUGGAUGAUAAAAACCUGCCCAGCGUUCCUCCGCUGCAGCUCAGCGUUCCUGCAGACUAUCCGGAUCAGAGCCCGCACUGGGCCGACGACGGAGAUCAUUACGGUGCGAACAGCUUCCUGCAGACGGUGCACAGAAACAUGACCUCCAAGCUGCUGCAGCUGCCGGACAAACACUCCGUGACGGAGCUGCUCAACACCUGGGCCCAGAGCGUCCGGCAGGCCUGCCUGUCCGCUGCCUGAAGCCCCGCCCCCUCGCUCACCUGUUGCCUGAAGCCCCGCCCCCUCGCUCACCUGCUGCCUGAAGCCCCGCCCGUCCGAGGCCACCGGUGGCAGCCAGUAACUGACACUACGUUCUGAUCCAGAGGAUGAAAGCAGCUCCUGCUGCUCACCUGUUUACCUGCCGCUGAGUUUCUCCUGAAUGCAUCGUUCUGUCACUGACGUUUAAAAACGGUCGAUAUAAGUAAAGAUUUAUCUGCUCCUUAAAUGUUUUUUUUUUUUUUUGUUUUUUAUAUAAAUAAAACCAUUUUCAACAUGAA